GGACCCAGAGGCAGAUCCUGACAGGCUCAGGAGGUCUGGAAGAAGCUCCCCUUGAGAGUAGGAGCAAUAGCAGCAGCAGCAACAGCACUGCUACAUUUGCACCCGCGGCUGGAAACGAUGCUCCUCGCGACGUUUAAGCUGUGCGCUGGGAGCUCCUACAGACAUGUGCGCAAUAUGAAGGGGCUGAGGCACCAAGCUGCCUUGGCCAUUGGCCAGGAGCUGAACUGGCGGGCACCUGGGGGCCCGACCCAGAGUGGGUGGAUCAACCAGGUUCGGCGUCAGAGCUCUCUGCUUGGCUCUCAGCUAGAAGACACUCUCUACAGCGACCAGGAGCUGGCCUAUAUCCAGCAGGGAGAGGAGGCAAUGCAGAAGGCCCUGGGCAUCCUCAGCAACCAGGAGGGCUGGAAGGAGGAGAACCAGCAGGCAAACGGGGACAAAGUGCUGAGUAAAGUGGUCCCAGACGUGGGCAAGGUAUUCCGGCUGGAGGUGGAGGUGGACCAGCCCAUGGAGAGGCUUUAUGAAGAGCUUGUGGAACGCAUGGAGGCCAUGGGAGAGUGGAACCCAAAUGUCAAGGAGAUCAAGGUCCUGCAGAAGAUUGGAAAAGAUACCGUCAUCACCCAUGAGUUGGCUGCAGAAUCAGCAGGAAACCUUGUGGGGCCCCGAGACUUUGUGAGUGUGCGUUGUGCCAAGCGCCGAGGCUCCACCUGUGUGUUGGCUGGCAUGGCCACACAGUUUGAGGAGAUGCCCGAGCAGAAAGGUGUCAUCAGAGCUGAGCAUGGUCCCACUUGUAUGGUGCUCCAUCCCCUGGCUGGAAGUCCCUCAAAGACCAAACUCACUUGGCUGCUCAGCAUUGACCUCAAGGGAUGGCUGCCAAAGACUAUCAUCAACCAGGUCCUUUCGCAGACCCAGGUGGAUUUUGCCAACCAUCUGCGCAAGCGCCUGGAGUCCAGCCCUGCUCCUGAAGCCAGGUGUUAAAGACCAACUUGCUGCUCCCAACUGUUCCUAGCUGCAUUGGCUUGCAUGCUCAUCAGGAAAAUCCCUGCCAGAAGCCUCAACAUCUGUUUAAGAUCUUUAUCUGAGGAUAGUGUGAUGGGGUGGUAGUAUGUUUAGAGUAUGGUAAUAGGACUCAGACUGGUAAAAUUUUACUACCAAGAAAAUGGGGACAAGGCUCUUAGAAGAAACUUCUAGCUUCUUCACUGAUUAGCUACGAAAUGAAGGUUAAGGGUCCCAAAAUAUUUGUAAAACUUUUUCCUGGGUCUAAUGUCUACCUGAAAACAUCUUAAAAAUGCUACUGGCUGAUACGGGGUGCAGAGGUGCUAAAUACAAGGACUGGGACCUCAUGCUUUACGGGCUCAAGAGCUCCAUUCUCUGCAGGCAGUGUGUAUGGACAUUCAGGGUCUUACAAAGGGGCUCCGGCAACCCUCCCCUCCUACACCAAGUAGGUAGAGAGCUGCUCCACUGGACAAGCAACUCCCCACAGCAGGUGCCUGCUAAAAGCCUAGUCCAAGUUUUCUUGAUGAAAAAGUACAAAACUAAUUAUUAGACUGCUUCCCUUACUUCUUAGACGAGCAAGUCAGAAUAAAGAAUCAUAACUAACACACAAACUUCAGCCUGUGCAUGUUUUAAAAUUCUGCUCCUAGAAAAAAAAAAUCUAGUAAAUUGCAACUGCAUACUAAAGGAGUCCUGGACAAAGAUUUUAAUUAAACUAAAUCCCCUAGCUCAUUAAAAGGAAAAACUACUGGGUAGUUAUGUCAUUCGACUAGAAUCAGUUACCAGAAUCUUUCAUAAAAAUUUAAUUUCCACGAUAUGCACAAGCCUUCAUCAGUUCUUAAACUCUACAACUGGUAACAUUUCAAGAUGAAGAUUAUGACUGAGGAUUUUUAUUUACCUAAUUAAAAGGAAGGACAGUACCAAAUAUGAGAGAACGAACGGCAUUACUAAGAUAAAAACAAAUUUUAUUUUCCCGUAGUGAUUGUUUAGACCUAAAAAUGGAACUGAAUCUUUAGUUCAGAUUCUAUUAUAUCAGCUUUCAGCUUGGCUUGGGCUGCCACUUUAUCUGCUUAGUAGGUCAGUGUUUUACUAUUUUGAGGAGAUGGCUGGAAGAAGGGGUAAUAUGGUGUUAGCAAAUUCCCUUUCCAAGAUUCAGAGACUUUUUGCUUUGAAAAUAUAAAUCGGGAUCGGAUUAUUUUGUUAAAAUGUGCAAGUAGGAUGAAAAACCAACAUUACCACUUGAAGCUUUUCCAUUUUAGUUCUAAGAGCAUUAUGAACAUAAUUUGGAAACAUAGCUCUAGCUUAUUAAACAAAUUAGCAGUAGUGGGAAUGCUCAUGUUUACUGAGGUAUUGAAAUUUUACAAUUGGUAGAGGUAUUAUUAUUUAUUCUGAUUGUUUGUUAGAAUAGUCUAUUUUUGGCAUAGAUCAAACUGUUUAUCUUUCCAGGAGCUUCAGUGUGAGAGAGAGAGCUGUAGAGGUGUUUCUAGAACAGAAUUACCAUCCACUCCCAGCUAAGAAACAUGGUCACUUGUUUGAAGAUGGGUAAAGCAAUACAUACUCUGGUUUCAAAAGUAAAGAAAUGGUCUUUCAACACACACCAUGGUUUUGAGCUCAAUUAUAAUUUGCCUUCUUCAAACUACGCACUGUGUCUUUGGGGUGACUGGAGAGAUAUUUUCCCACUUGUUUAAUUUCAUAUUGGAAUAAAAUAAGUUGUCACUGAUGAUCUGUUUAAAGAAACCAUUUUAUACAGGACUGUAUGGGCGUGGAUAUUCUUUGAGCCCUUCAAAUGAACUUCUCAAAAGACAGACACUUCGAAUAUGAAGUAUAAAGAGGCAAAAUCAUUAUUUCUGUAACCUCUAAUUUAUGAAAGCCAAAUGUACAAAAACCUAAUUUUAUCAUUCAAAUUAAAUGAGUGUACAAGUUA